AUGGCUGAUUCCUUAAACAUGAACGGUCUUUCCCUCAACGACUCCAAGCAUGCCCCUGGUCGCCCGAUGUCUGGUGCUCGUGCCUAUAUCCCUCCUCACCUUCGUGGCCAGGCUGCUCGUGGUCCUCCGAUGAUGGGAAUGGACGGUACUGGUCCCGGUCCUGCACCACCUGCGGGAAAUCAAGGCUUGAACGGUAGUGCAUGGGCAAACAACACGAACAGCAAUGGAAGCUGGGCAAGUGCUCCCGAUUUCAAACCCGGCCCCGGUGGUCCUGGCCCUCAAAGCAACGGCUGGGGUGGCCACACAGGCCCUCGAUCCUUCAAUCCGAACGCGUACGGUGGCCCCGGUGCUGGUACAUAUGGUGGGGGAUAUGGCGGCAACGCAGCUCGUGGUUCAGGAGAUGGACAAUGGAGAGACGGACAACAUAUUCCUGGCCCUCAGAAUCCCAAGCUCGAGCGUGAAUUGUUUGGCUCGCCAAACGACCCUACCAAAGCUCAUACCGGCAUCAACUUCGCCAAUUACGAUGACAUUCCCGUCGAGGCGAGCGGCCAUGAUGUCCCUGAACCGGUCAACGCUUUUACCAACCCUCCUCUCGAUGACCACCUCCUUGGCAAUAUCAAGCUCGCACGCUACGCCACGCCCACACCUGUACAGAAAUACUCGAUUCCCAUCGUCAUGGGUGGCCGAGACCUCAUGGCUUGUGCGCAGACUGGUUCUGGCAAGACCGGUGGUUUCUUGUUCCCAAUCCUCUCCCAAGCCUUCCAACAUGGCCCUUCCGCCGCCCCCGCCACCGGAGGCGGCUUCCGCCAGCGCAAGGCUUUCCCCACCUCCUUGAUUCUGGCCCCCACCCGUGAGCUGGUCUCUCAGAUCUACGAUGAAGCCCGAAAAUUCUCAUACCGCUCUUGGGUGAGACCCUGCGUUGUCUACGGAGGAGCUGACAUUGGGACACAACUACGAUCAAUUGAACGUGGAUGUGACUUGCUUGUUGCCACUCCAGGACGUCUGGUGGAUCUCAUCGAACGAGGCCGUAUCUCUCUUGCUAACAUCAAGUACUUGGUCCUCGAUGAGGCCGACCGCAUGCUUGACAUGGGUUUCGAGCCUCAGAUCCGUCGCAUUGUCGAAGGUGAAGAUAUGCCUCCAGUCCAGAACCGUCAAACUCUCAUGUUCUCGGCAACAUUCCCGCGUGACAUCCAAAUGUUGGCUCGGGAUUUCCUCAAGGACUAUGUAUUCUUGUCCGUCGGCAGAGUCGGUUCGACCUCUGAGAAUAUCACCCAAAAAGUGGAAUAUGUCGAGGAUCACGACAAGCGCUCCGUCUUGCUUGACAUCCUGCACACUCAUUCCGGCGGUCUGACUCUCAUCUUCGUCGAGACAAAACGUAUGGCCGACACCUUGUCCGACUUCUUGAUCAAUCAAGGCUUCCCUGCAACAGCCAUCCACGGUGAUCGCACGCAACGAGAGCGUGAGCGAGCACUGGAAUUCUUCCGAAAUGGUAGAUGCCCGAUCAUGGUGGCCACCGCCGUGGCUGCGCGUGGUCUCGAUAUUCCCAACGUCACCCACGUCGUCAACUACGAUCUCCCCACCGACAUUGACGACUACGUCCACCGUAUUGGUCGUACCGGUCGUGCUGGAAACACUGGUUUGUCGACUGCUUUCUUCAAUCGUGGUAACCGUGGCAUCGUUCGUGACCUGAUUGAACUGCUCAAAGAGGCUCACCAGGAAGUCCCCAGCUUUUUGGAAAACAUCGCUCGCGAGAGUUCUGGGUUUGGCGGUGGUCGAGGAGGACGAGGCCGCGGCGGUGCCGGACGUGGUGCUUCCGCCACUCGUGAUAUGCGUCGCAUGGGCGGCGGUAUGGGCGGUGGUCCUCCUUCAUAUGGGGGUGGCUACGGCAGUGGAUCUGGUGGCUAUGGUGGUGGCUACGGUGGGGCACCGUACGGAGGCGGUGGGGCCUAUGGUGGUGGAUAUGGCGGAGGAUAUGGUAACCCCGGAGGUGCCAGUGGCCCAUCAUCAUGGUGGUAA